CAAGCGGAGCAGUAGGCUCCUUAGCCACCCCCCGUCCCGAUACCCGGGUCAUAUUUUAAGAGGUGAUAUCAUCAAAAUUUAGGGCGAUUAAAAGUUAGGGUGGAAGUCUCCGUGACGUUUCACUUAUUAGUUUUCUCUUAACACCUCUGUUUUCGAAAAAGUGACGUGCUCCCCACGCGCGACAAUGGAGGUGCUAGAAUCUUUCCCACCUCCUGAAAACUUAACGGCGGCUGUCGUGCACCCAUUAUGCGAAGAAUGGAAGGGGGGAUCCGAGGUUGCCAUCUUCCACCUCGCCAGUAUCUUCCUUGUUUUGGGGUUCAUGGGAGGGAGCGGGUUCUAUGGGCUCCUCUACUUGUUUACCUUUCUGACGCUCGGUUUCUUCUGCACAACCAUUUGGUCAUGGUCGGACGCGUGCACCACCGACACCUUUUUGUGGAAUUUCGCUCUCUUUGGGGUAUGUGCAGUUCAAGUUGUGCUUGUCGCCUACCGACUGAGGAACGUUACUUUCGAAAAGGAGUUUCAAGAUCUGUACAGCUACCUGUUCAAAAAGCUGGGGGUGUCGCUCACCCACUUCGGCAAGAUAGUCGCCUGUUGUGAAGGAGACAUCCACACUAUAGAGAAAGACCACUGUUUUGCCAUGGAGGGCAAGACUGCAAUUGAUAAGCUGUCCGUUCUUCUGUCCGGCAGAAUUCGUGUGACAGUAAAUGGAGAGUUUUUACAUGACAUAUAUCCUUUUCAGUUUCUCGAUUCACCUGAAUGGGACUCUCUCCGGCCGUCAGAGGAGGGCGUUUUCCAGGUGACCCUGCGUGCAGAUAAUUGCUGUAGGUACGUUUCUUGGAGACGUAAGAAACUGUACCUACUCUUCGCCAAACACCGCUACAUCGCCAAGGUCUUUGCGCUCGUGGUGCGGAAUGACAUCGCGGACAAGCUGUACUCCCUCAACGACAAGGCGUUCGACAGCCGCGGGUUCCGAUAUGAUCUCCGGUUACCCACCUACUGUCACGUGCCCCCGUGGCCUGAAUUAGACCGGACAGAUGCGUUCCUACGAGUCCCAGCGCAAUAUGACCAUGGACACCGUGCCCGUGUCCCUAUAACUAUAACAGCACCGAAAGAGACUGUCUCGUGACUGGAAUGGAACUCUUUGAUGUUUGUUUUUCAUUAAUGGGUGUUGUUUUUGUCUGUUUAUUAUCCUCAAGCGCUUAGGCUAUAGAUAGGGCAUAAGCUACGUAAUUUACGCAUCAACAUAGAAUACAUUGUAGCACAUCAAGUAACCCUCCACUUGGUUUCCCAUACAUAAUGCAAUAGGCGCGCGUGUGUGUGUGUGUGUGUGUGUGUGUGUGUGUGUGUGUGUGUGUGUGUGUGUGUGUGUGUGUGUGUGUGUGUGUGUGUGUGUGUGUGUGUGUGUGUGUGUGUGUGUGUGUGUGUGUGUGUGUGUGUGUGUGUGUGUGUGUGUGAGAGAGAGAGAGAUUUUCUCUGCAUCAAAAUACCAGCGAAAUGUUACCCCUGAUUCCUGCUUAUGUUUUAUAGUGCACUUUACUAUCUGUCUUAAAUUGAGACUGUAUAUUUUUUAUUUCCUUACUGAGUUUUUUUGGUCGAUAUUUGUGUUUAAUCGUAAUAAAUGAUUAACAAUGCAAUGUAA